AUGUCUGUCGCCCAGGCGCGGAAGGCCAUCGAUUCGGCCUACGUGGAAGCAACGACCAACGCCAACUGCAUCGGAUUGGUCAAGUUGAUGGGUCGGCAUUGCGGAUGGAUCGCGGCAUUGGCCUCGAUCGCUGCGCGCAAUGCAGAUGUGUGCCUCAUCCCAGAGAUGAACAUCAACUUGGAAAAGCUGAUGGACUAUGUCACUGAGGUCAUGAAACGCCAGAAGUACGCCGUGAUCGUCGUUGCCGAAGGCUGUGGUGAUACCAUCAUCAGCAGCGGUGCAGGCACUGAUGCUGGCGGCAACAAGGUGCUUGCCGAUGUAGGCCCAUUCUUGAAGGAUGCCAUCACAAAGCACAUGAAGAGCUUAAAGAUGCCAUGCACCAUCAACAGUCUCUCGGGCACAAUGGACACGACGAAUCUUCGUAUGUGCCGAUAUAAUCUGAAGAUUGUGCAUCAACACCGCAUGGAUCGCUUGCCCAUGGUGCUCCAAGAGCUGCCAAAGGGACUUCACAGCUACAUUUCCCUGCCGCGAUACGCAUCCAUGAAGUCUCACGUGGACAAUGUUUUGCUGCAGGUCUAUAUGGUCACCAGGCGACUUCGAUACCUCACCUUAGUCAGCAGCUGUAUUUUGGUGCUGAGCCUGUUCUCGUAUUUUGUGCUCUUACUGAUUCACAUCCAGGAAGAUUGCGAUGAAAUGCUGGGUUACAUGCUUCCAGCGGUUGGUCCCCUGCUGUGCUUCACCGGGCAUUGGAUGCUUCACAAGUACCGGCGCCAGCGCUGCAGCGCUGAGCUGGCGAAAGCGCUGAAGCAUCUGCGGGGCUUGCUGGCCUGGGAGAAUCAGAAAUUCAACGGCAUCAAACUGUUGCUGAAGUCCAAAAGUCUGGAGCACGCGCAUCCCAAGGAGCUCGAUGCUCACAUUGAAGUGACCUUGUGGCUGGAUGCACGGAGUCGAUGUCUAGUGGAACCUUCAGAAGUCUUUGGAGACGUGAGCCUCAUCCCUGAGGAUGAGGACUACAUGUCACCUGGCACGACUGGCGGGACGUCCAGGGAGAAUGACUUCUUUGAUAUCACUGACGGAGCGGUGACGGGCAUAGAAGAAGAUUGCACCGUGAAAGUCUAG